AAGGUGUUCCCCUAUUCUGGGGAAAACAAUAAUAAUUCCAGGAAAUCCAUCACCAAACUACACUAGGAUCCUUCUUUCCAAGAUUUUCUUUUCUUUUUUACUAUACAUUCUUCAAACCCACAAACACCCCUUCUCUCUCCCUCUCUCUCUCUCAUAUCAAUCCAUCAGUCUCAUCAUCAUCAUCAUAAGUCUUCUUUAGUCACACAAAAAUGGCAAUCUCCUGAUAUAUCAAUCAACAAACCCGCUUUCUUCUUUCCCUUUUGGUGAUCUUUUCAACUAUUAUAUAUAUAUAUUGAGUUUGAUAGCUCAUCACAUCACCUCUAUAAAUCCAUCAAUAUUUCCUACUCCACUAAAUUAAAAGCGUGCUUUCUUUUAAUUCUUCUCAUCUGAAACCCUACCUAGAAACAAAAUGAAGCUUGCUGCUGUGAUAGGAGAGGAGUGUUAGAUCAAGAAACCACUAUCUACCAAUUGUUACCAAACCCUAUUACUAUUAGCCCUAAACUCUAUAAAUUUUCUUAAAUUAUUAAGUGGGUUUUUAUUUUAUUUUUUCUUAAAUUUUUGGUUGCGUAUGUGAAAAUUACUCUCAAGUUAUAUAUGGAUUCUCCGUCGUCAUUUCCUCAAGUGGAAAGCUCCAACUCCGAGAACACUGGCGGCGCCGCCUUCUCCCCAGCCGGCACCCCUUCAUCCAGCUCCAGCCUGAGCCGCUACGAGAACCAAAAACGGCGAGACUGGAACACCUUCUGCCAGUACCUAAAGAACCACCGCCCGCCGCUCGCCCUCACCCGCUGCAGCGGCGCCCACGUGCUCGAGUUCCUCCGCUACCUCGAUCAGUUCGGGAAGACCAAAGUCCACAACCCAAUCUGCCCCUUCUACGGUCACCCCCACCCACCCGCUCACUGCCCCUGCCCGCUCCGCCAGGCCUGGGGCAGCCUCGACGCCCUCAUCGGCCGCCUCCGCGCCGCCUACGAGGAAAAUGGAGGCAACCCAGAGACUAACCCCUUUGGUGCUCGAGCCGUACGGCUUUACCUGCGAGAAGUCCGCGACUUGCAGUCAAAGGCGAGAGGGGUUAGCUACGAGAAGAAAAAACGGAAACGCCCCCCACAACAGUUGAACGCGGUGGCGCCGCCGCAUCAACCGCCGUCUCCGGGAGAAGGUUAAUCAACAUGGACCCUCCUCUAUAUAUUGGGUAUGUUCUUGAAAUAAUCAAUAAUCUAUACACAUAUCUGUCUUCCUUGGAUCGUACGUAGUUAAUUUCUUGAGGAAUGUAGGGUUAGAUAUACAUCUACUGAAUUUGCUGGAGAGAAUCCAUAUGCUUAGAUCUUGAGGAUUACUGCUUUUAAUUUCAAACAACGUACUGUAGCAGUUUGAAUAACAGUAAUAGUCGCAGUUGAGAGCAGCAACAGCUGCUGUCUUAAAAAGUUGGAAGUCGUAGUUAUAAACUUGCAAAUUGAUUACAUACUGCUUUUCAAUAUUCUUACAA